CAUACGCAGCAUGAGUUUCAGUUUUCUACGGGCUGCGUAACGGUAUAGACGUGUUCAAAAAUGAUCAAUGUCAGAAGAAUAUCUGUCGCUUACAUACUUUACAAACGACGAAACAAGAAGACAAGAGUACAUGUUGAUCCCUUUCUUGAAAAUAGGCUUCUUGCUGGGGCGUUUGUUACACACUUUGGAAAACUACAAAAUAAUGAACGUAAAUUUAAAAAUUACUUUCGAAUGUCCAUUCGUUCUUUUGAUGAACUGUUGUGUAAAAUUGAGAAUAAGCUACAAAAAAGCAGUUUACGAAGGAUUACAAUACAACCGAUUGAGAGGCUCGCUAUUACAUUAAGAUAUUUGGCAACUGGUAAUACAUUCACUGAUCUACACUAUUCCUAUAUGAUUGGAAUUGCAACAAUUAGCGAAAUAGUAAGACAAGUUUGUUACAUAAUAUGGAUUGAACUAAAGUCUGAAUGUAUUCCACAGCUUAAUGGGAUCAAAUGGAAAGAAAUCGCAGAGGGAUUUCUCACAUAUACAAAUUUUCCUAAUUGCUUGGGUGCUAUUGAUGGAAAACAUAUAAGAGUGAUUCGGCCGCCGCACAGUGGAUCACUAUAUUUUAAUUAUAAGAAAUAUUAUUCUGUAGUGCUCCUCGCAAUGUGUGAUGCUGAUUAUAAUUUUACAUAUAUUAAUGUCGGUACCAGUGGAAGCAACGCCGAUUCAACCAUCUUUAGAAGGAGUCAAUUGUAUACGAAACUGGAAAGUAACACGUUGGGUAUCCCUGACCCGCAAGAGUUGCCUAUUAUUUGCCCCGAAGUAGCUUAUCCAUCUAGUGUAAGAGCAAAGUUGCCGUUCGUGAUAGUGGGAGAUGAGGCAUUUGGUUUAUCAUCACAUGUGAUGCGGCCUUAUGCUCGUGAUAAUUUACCUUACAAAAAGAAAAUAUUUAAUUACCGUCUGUCCAGAGCUAGAAGGUACAUAGAAUGCACUUUUGGAAUUAUGUCAAAUAAAUUUAGAAUAUUUCACAGAUCCAUGACUGUCAAGUUAGAUCUAGCACAAUUAAUAGUCAAGACGGCAUGUGUACUUCACAAUUUCAUAAGGAAACGGGAUGGCUACAUGGUCAGCCAUACAUUUGUCACAAAUGGUUUUACGGGACCACUACCCAGGCAGCAGACUGAAAGUAGUAAUACGUCGGCAAGUAAUAUCAGAGAUAUAUUUGCAGAUUACUUUAUCAAUGAAGGAAAAGUCUCCUGGCAACACCGAUAUAUAAUUAAUUAACUAAACUCAAAAGGUUUUAGAAGGUUUUUGAUGUUAUUUGUGAAUUAAAUAAUUAUGCUUAUAUUAAUAAAGUAAUGAUGCUUGUAUAAAUAAAAUAAUGAACCAAA